AUGGUCUCCCGCCAGGGAGCUGAAAUGACGACGCGGAAGCGCCAAGUUGCCGCAAAGCCUUCGCCGCGAGGCUUCUCCCAGAUAGGCGGAUGGCUCGAGAAGGUGUGCGGACAGCCGGCCCGCGGAGGAAAGGACAGGGAGGGAUUGGGGCAAGUUGAAUCCCGGCUGUUUCCCGACCCCGAUGCGGGUCUGAAAGAAAUCCACAUGCCCGCAUCGAUGUGAAGGCCGAGAGCACGGGCACAGUCACCUUUGCUCG